UGACACUCUUCUUUACGGCCGUCUCUUUUGCAGUGGGGCGAAAUGUCAGUGCUCGCGAGCUUGAAAUCGAAACGGAGGAAAACGUAAACAGUGCAGUGCAAGUUUGGAAUAAUUUGAGUUUUUGAGCAGAUUUUCAACAAAUUUAAGAAAAAUGGGAGAACGCAAAGGUCAAAAUCACUACUACCCACCCGACUACGACCCAAAAGUUGGAAGUUUGAACAAAUGGCAGGGUACGCACGCGUUGCGCGAACGAGCGCGCAAAAUUCACCUUGGCAUCAUCAUCAUACGCUUCGAAAUGCCCUACAACAUAUGGUGCGAUGGGUGCAAAAAUCACAUUGGCAUGGGCGUACGGUACAAUGCGGAAAAGACAAAAGUCGGAAUGUACUACUCGACGCCGAUUUAUCAGUUUCGCAUGAAGUGCCAUCUGUGUGAUAACCACUUUGAGAUUAAAACGGACCCCGCCAAUUUGGACUACGUGAUCGUUACCGGCGCUCGGAGGCAGGAAAAUCGAUGGGAUCCCACGCAAAAUGAACAGAUCGUGCCGGAAACGAAAGAAGUCCAGAAGAAACUGUUCGAUGAUCCCAUGUACAAGCUUGAGCAUGGUGCCAAAGAUACCAAGGCCGCUGAAGAUGCGAAACCAGUGCUCGGGCAGUUGUAUCAACGGAAUAGCGGAGUAUGGAGGGACGAUUUUGAAGCCAAUAGUCGAUUGAGGGCAGAAUUUAGAGCCUCCAAAAAGCAAACCAAGCAGCAAGACGAAAAAGAUAAAGCUCUGCUCGCCAAAUCUAGUCUGGACAUUUCGCUGCUGCCCGAAAGUGAAUCCGAUCGGAAGAUGGCCUCGCUGAUGCGGCUUCACUCGGCGAAAUCAAUUGCAGAGCGGGAUCGGGAAAAAAGAUCGACGAUUCUCACUCGUCCCGCGCUGCCUUCGACUUCUGGAGUGGGCGAGAGUUCUGCGCAAAAGGUGAAGAUCGCUGGUGCGAAGCUGGAGAUGAAAAGUUUGGGGAUCGUCAAAAAGACAGCCGCUUCGCCGGCAUUGGUACUAGCGAGUGGAAGCAAACGGAAGGUUGAGGAGACGAUCGUGGAGGAGAAGAAGCCGAAACUGUUGUUGUGCAAUUACGGUUCGGGUUCGAGUGAUAGUGACUAAGUUUGAAAAAUAAAUAUCGAUUGCUUGCACAAAUUUCAUGGUCUUUUCUGUAUGAGAAAUUCCUUGCAUGCUUAACUAAAAUUCUAAGUAUGAAAAUAAAAAUAUAAAUUUUUAUUAUAAA